AUGUCUCUUAACUCAUCUGCUACCCUUAACUUGGCUAUUCUAGGAAGUAUUAGAACGAUACGGGAAUUUGUCGAAGGACCAAGCAUUCUUUCACCUAAGAUACAAGAUGCAAUCGCGAUUCAAACAUUGCCCGAUGGGGGUGUCCAGCUCAAUCGCGUAUGGCUCGACGGAACAACGGAGACAUUUCUCACAAUACACAACCUCAAUAGUACUUCUAUCCCCGUCAAAGACGGCCAUCCUCGCCUUACAAGUGGUUCUUAUGCCUUCAAUGCCUGGAGCAGCUAUCCACAACUUGACCAACUCGGGACCACUAGGGUCAUCAAUCCCGCCUCUAAAUCUAUCAUAUCGCAGAAUCAGGAGGACGUAGAAUCGCUCGCGUUUUUAUCAUACCGCUCCAAGAUUUUAGCUGGAGCUUGGCGGUUCCUUACCUAUUUCGGACGCGACAGUCUCGUAUCACUUCUUCUACUCAAACCUAUACUUAGUGAGGGUGACGGGAGCGCAAUUGAGGCUAUUCUCGAGGCAGCCAUUGAGCGAAUUAACUCGGAAGAUGGCAGCGUCUGUCACGAAGAAACCAUUGGUGACUACGCAUCGUACUUGAACGCCCAGCAGGGGAUAAACAGCGCAGAUCCCUUGUGCGACUAUAAGAUGGUUGACACUGACUUCUUUUUCCUGAUUGCAAUUGACGAGUAUUUUGUCAAGUCUGCCGUUGGAAGAACUCGCCGCGAUCUGUUCUUCUCUAGGAAUGCGACCAUCCUUUCCGCAAACCGUGGGCUUGCAUAUAGAGAUCUUGUUUUGGCUACCGCGGAAAAGAUCAUGAAACACACCGCUAACUUUGAAAAAUCUCCCGUAAAAGAGAACCUUAUACAUAUCAAUAAGGGACAAACGGUAGGACAAUGGCGUGACAGCCCUAACGGUUUAGGCGGAGGCCGUAUACCAUACGACGUGAAUACGGCUUUAGCUCCGGCAGCACUCAAGUCCAUCGCCUCGUUAUCUGACAAUGGAUUCUUCCCUUCACAUUCAGACUGGAAUGCGGUUGCUCAUAAGCGUGCCGCUAUCUGGGAAGAUAAUACCCUUUCUUUCUUCCAAGUCAAUAUUACGGCAGAAAAAGCCCGAGGUCUUGUUGAGCGCUAUAUCGACGAGGAAAGGUUCCCAGGCAAGGUCAAUUCGUCAGACUUGAACUCGCCAGUUAUAUUCCACGGUUUAGCUCUCACCGGUGAUGGACAAUCGAUUAUUCAAGUGAUGAAUACAGAUGACUGCUUCCGCCUUUUUCUUCUUAAUGGUACUGACCAAGUCCAGGUCUCCACCUUCCUCUCUCAAGUAACAGAUAAUAUCCUGCGCCAAUUCCCCCUGGGUCUUUCUACAAGUGUCGGAAUAGUCGUCGCAAAUCCUGCUUACGGUGAUGGAUCCGUGAACGUGAAAGAAUUUACAGAAAGUGCGUAUCACGGUACAGUGGUCUGGGGUUGGCAACUUGCGAUGAUGGCUGCAGGGUUGGAGAGACAGCUUGGGCGAUGCGAGGACGAGGAGUUGGCGUAUUGCGAGGACACGAAAUUGCACGGGCGUGUGCUCAAGGCGUAUAACCACGUAUGGGAUCUAAUCGACGCCAAUCGUAAGCGCCUAAGCAAUGAGGUCUGGAGUUGGGUCUACAAGGACGACGACUUUCAUUACACACCUUUAGGUGCUCUACCGCCCCCUGACGGGCAAAGCCCAGUUGGUCCGUGA